AUGUUCGGAUCAACGAUCGAUUUUAGCUCUAGCGGUUAUAAUCGAUGCAUUGUCGGCGAUGAGAACGAAAAGGACAUGGUUACUGGUGCAACUGAUGUGUUCCUCAUGAAGAAGGUGGAUGACGACCCUUUCGCACCGAAUACCAAUGAUCCAUUCGCCCCUGGACAAUGUGACGAUGAUCUCGAGGACUGCCAGAAUAAUAAGCAGAAGUGCCAGGAUGGCGAUCAGCACGAUAAGGAGGAGGUGGAGGUGGCUGGUCAGAAGUACAAGAUCUACUGUGACCGACACCACAAUACCAACGAUCCCAUCAUCAAGGCGACUGGCAUCCCAUUCGUGGAGCCGAUGGCCAAGUUUGCCAUCUGUUCAGCCGUCAGGUCUUACACUACUGUCCCUGGUGUCAUGUCCACCACCACUGGUGACAAGGACUGGAAGACUGGCGUUAAGAAGGUCUAA